AUACUUCGAAUGCGUUAACGCAGCGUGCUACGGUCCACUUGUUACGUAACAAUGGCGGGGAAAUUUCGUGUCAUCUGCGAAAUAAAUUUAACUAUCGAAAACCUAACCAAUUAUUAAUUACCCAAACCCGAAAAAUGGAAGUUGCGAAGUUAAUAGAGUUGGUUAGGGAGAAGAAUUGUUUGUGGGCGGUUGGGGCGGUAGAUUACCGGAACAAAAUUUUGAAGGAAAAAGCGUGGAUAGAGGUUGGCGAGGAAAUGGGAAUAGGGGUGAAAGAAUGCAAGACAAGGUGGAGAACAUCUAGCAGUGUGCCUGAAGAUGUCACCCUCGUUGUAUAUGAAAACGAAGGUGAUAUCCAAGAUCAGAGGCAAGUGCAAGAGAAGCUGGAAGAGUCUUCUUCCAGCUUUGAUAUCGAUCAGGCCAUUCUACGUCUAGUUAACAAAGAACAAGAUGAUGCUGAAAUAUUUGCCCAAUCGCUUGUGCAGACAUUUAGACGAUUGCCAAAUAAAAAAUUUCAGCAGGCAAAGAUUGAAAUUCAAGAAGUUUUGUUUCAUCUAGAAUUUAAUACAGAUUAGAUACAUG